UUUAGAAACAAUAUCUUUGAUCAAUUUCUCGUUUAUUUAACGACUGAACUUUCCUAAUAAAGACAUACAUUGAUGUUUCAUAAACACUUUUAUUUAUUUGAGGCGGAUGUUAUUUGUGUCAUGUGUCAUUCGUGUUCUUACCACAGCUGUAUAGAACGAUUGAUUGAUACACAUAACAUGCCUAUGCGAGUUCAAAAAUGUUUCUAAGAAAAGCACCAUGGGAAAUUCUAGUUCUUCUUAAAUGUUUUUAGUUUUGAGCUUUUAUGAGUACAGAUGUACAGCGACGAGUAGGAUAAGUACCUGGAAGUUAUUGCAACUAGGGGAAGGCCCGGUUGGUUUUGCGAAAUAUGUUUUGAUUUGUCUAAGUCAGACUUUGUUAUAUAUAAAGAGUGACAUUGUAAGUAGUUAUUAACCUCUUUCAUUUACACGACGAGGACUAUAUUGAUUCAUUAUAACGUAUAGAUCAGUUUUAGCGUGUUAGGUGAAGUUUUAAUCGAGGUUAUGUAAACUUAAAGUCUGAUAAAACAUUCAAGUAACACAAACAUAUAAACGUGUAUUAUUAACUUUCGAAGUGACAUCUUUUAUUUAAUCGCGUCUUUGGUUAUAACAUCUUCUAUUUACUGCCAGAAUUCCAUACAUGGCAGAAGGAGGCAUCGGAUGUACAGAGUCAGAGACUGGAUGCAGCAACCUGUACAGUCGUCACUCUAAGAAUUAUGUGGAAAGUGUAUCCGUGGAGAUCUGCAGUAUAAUGACCCGGCUGGGAUACAGCGAGGAGAUCAGACGGUGGCGGAUUGAGAAAUAUAAGGAAAAUGAUAGGAUAUUCAAUGCACUAAAUGCUGAAACUGGUGAAGCCAAUAAAAUCACAGCUGGCAGCAAGGCAGAGGGGUUGACCAACGUUCAUGAAAGUGACAUGGACGUAUUAGCCGUGUUUAAAGGUGUUCUCUGUGUGGAAGCUGGUAUCAAUCUUCAUACCAUACCAGAGGACAUAGAUGUGUUUAGAAUGGAUACACGCGUAUAUCAAGGUCAUUGCAUACUGUUACAAGAGAGACCAGCAAAUGCACGCUAUGAUGUAAUUACCAAUGCUCUGUGUGAUGAUGGAUAUGGAGACGUUAUAUUAAGUAGUAGUUUAUUCCUAGAUAAAUGGCAGGCAACAGGGGAUAAAUUUCCUGAAUGGGUGGUGUAUCACGAACGAGCGGGACCAUCGAUGCCGAUUUCAGUUGGUGAUAUACAUCAUGGCGAUAGAGUACUUGCACUACGUUGUCACUACCCCAGCAUCUUACAAAAAUGGGCUGCGAGACCACGAUAUUGGCCUUCACCCGACAUAGUUAAGAAAGUCGUAUCAUUAGGAGCCUAUGUAACCCCAGUUGGAUUUAGGCACAGUUUAUAUAAACACAUAGAGUGGAGGAUUUGUUUCAACACCGGUGAGGCAGAACUUGUGAACAACCUUCAUGAAACGCAAACAAAAAUUUAUGUUAUUCUUAAAAUGAUUGUCAAAGAUAUAAUGAAACCCCAAAAUAAAGAAAUAACAUCGUAUGUGUUGAAAAAUAUCAUAUUAUGGCAAGCAGAAAACACCCCACAGACAGAGUUUCAUGAACGAAACUUACUUCACUGGCUACACGACGGGCUUAGAGAGCUUAGGACUGCUAUUGAGAUUAAACAACUUCGAUAUUACAUGAUUCCGGAUAGAAAUUUAAUGGCGGCCUGUGGUUUGGGGGAUGUGCUGCAGCAUAAAUGGGUAGCAGAUAUCACGGAAAUGCUGGAGGAGGGUCCCAGGGUAAUUCUGAGAUUGCCGAAGAUACGUCAGGCCAUUGUAGCGUCCCCAGAGCCGAUGUUGUGGUUCAGUAAGAAAAAGAUGGAGAUGGAGAUGCUGUACCUUGUGAUGAGGAACAGACACACGCAAAACCCGAAUGUGUUUGAUGAUUCGGAUUGCAUCCAGAAUGCAAUAAUGACACGCCUUACAGGGUUAUCCAUUGAGAUAUUUCUACAAAUGAUUCAGGAAGGCAGUUCUUUGAUGAGUGUGUUUACUUUAAUUAAAUAUCUUUUUAAAUGAGUACUCAUGUCGUUAUGAAAUACAAACGACACACAUUACGUCGGUAUCACCGCUGACUUUAUGGUCAUACAUUCUCUCUACAGAAUGCAGGUUUAAAUGAUCACAUCAACGGCGUAUGUGGUAUUAUAUUUUCAAAAUGUGUUAUCUUGUAUGCAGCAUUUAUAACAUGGAUGCUAAACUCAUAGUUCUCGUAUUGUUGAACGUUUAUUUAAGUUUUCAUUUUUCAAAUAAAUGUUGUCCCGGAGUAGAGCGUGCUCAAGAAAAUUAAGAAGUUUUAAAUUAUGAUAGUAAGACGGAUGAUGUUAUUUUUGACCCAGGAAUGUAAAUGUAGUUUAAAUAUAGGACUCGUCCGCUGCAACAGUUUAGUAUUCGUUAUAUGCAUAAUUGUUCUUACAAUAUGUAGGGCAUAUUCAAACAAAUAAACAAUUGUAUUGUUGUACUGGCUUAAGCUUCAUGGUAAAGUAUUUGAGCCGUGCUCUGUGAAAAGGGGGUUUAAUGCAUGUGCGUAGAGUGGCGUCCGCACAGGCUAAUCAGGGACGACACUUCGCGCUUUUAUAGUAUUUUUCGUUAACAGAAAGUCUUUUCUAAGAACAAUUUCAGUCUAGGCGGAAAGUGUCGUCCCUGAUUAUCCUGUGCGGACUGCGCUGGCUAAUCUGGGACGACAAUUUAGGCACAUACAUUAAACCCACUUUUCACAGAGCACGGCUUAUUUGCAUUCCGACUAAAACAUGUCAAGUUUCACCCACCUUAACCAACGAAUGACUUUGAUAAAAUAAUUAUGAACAUUAAUUCUAAAUGCCUGAGUGUGUUUGAAAUUUGAACCUAGCAGAUCUGGUCUUGGUUAACCUUUAAGGCUGUAUGUAUUCAAGCGCGUUUUAAAGAGUUUAUUUUAGAAAGACCUUACGUAUUCAUGUCAACGAAAUAAAUAGGUAUUGAUACAAUUUAUAAAAUAGUCGGUUCAAUAUAUGAAAAAUACCCUAUCAAUCCCCAAACAAUUGCUACAAAAUGUAUUUUAACUGAUCCUUUUAGGGUAUAAUGUAUUUUAGUACAUAUCCGGACCCCCGGAAAGCGUGUUUUUUUUCAAGAUGGCCGCCGAAAUUAUAAUAACUGUGUAACUAUCCACUUAAAUUUGAUUAAUUUGGUGUCUUUCCCUAGGUUUCGGAAGGGGGGGGGGAAGGGAACAAAUAACACAUUGAGAUCAUCAGAUAAAGUGCAAGUGUAUUAUGGAAAUACAAGAUGGCUUACUAAACGGACACCGACAUAAUACCAAGGACCACAAGUAAAUAAAAUGUUUACCCAAACGUGAUUAUUGUUAUGUCAAAUGUCAUUGUUUGGCAGACAAUGAGCACUUUAAUGGAAUUGAUGAUAUCAAAAAGCAGUUGAAUAAUCAUGCAAUCCAAUUUAUUAUUUUCGGCUGUCUUUUCUCAGCUGAUAAACACAAAUACCUUUGUCCAUCACAUUUGUCUCAGAGCGCUGAAUUGUCGGUGUUGUCCUCCUCCACUUGUAACGCUAGAAGCAAAUUAAUUUAAUCUAGCUUUAUAUUUAUCAUGGCAUUUCAAGCGGAUUUUCUGAAAGUAUGUGUUUGCCAUCCUCUAUCGUUAACAAAUAAUAAAUAAAUUGUAUUGCUCUUGAAGGUUUGUGUUUGUAUUCCAGAUAGAUAAUACAUACUGACAUACGUAUGUAAACUUAGUGCUGGUAAACCAGACCAGAUAGAUCAUGCAUACUGGCAUACGUAUGUUCACUUAUUGCUGGUAGACCAGCUGGAUCAUGCAUACUGGCAUACUUAUGUUCACUAAGUGCUGGUAGACCAGCUAGAUCAUGCAUACUGCCAUACGUAUGUACACUUAGUGCUGGUAGACCAGAUAGAUCAUGCAUACUGGCAUACUUAUGUGCACUUAGUGCUGGUAGACCAGCUAGAUCAUGUAUACUGACAUACUUAUGUGCACUUAGUGCUGGUAGACCAGAUAGAUCAUGCAUACUGGCAUACGUAUGUUCACUUAAUACUGGUAGACCAGAUAGAUCAUGUAUACUGGCAUACUUAUGUGCACUUAGUGCUGGUAGACCAGAUAGAUCAUGCAUACUGGCAUACGUAUGUUCACUAAGUGCUGGUAGACCAGAUAGAUCAUGUAUACUGGCAUACUUAUGUGCACUUAGUGCUGGUAGACCAGAUAGAUCAUGCAUACUGGCAUACGUAUGUUCACUAAGUGCUGGUAGACCAGAUAGAUCAUGCAUACUAGCAUACGCGUGUGCACUUAGUGCUGGUAGACCAGAUAGAUCAUGUAUACUGGCAUACGUAUGUUCACUAAGUGCUGGUAGACCAGAUAGAUCAUGCAUACUAGCAUACGCGUGUGCACUUAGUGCUGGUAGACCAGAUAGAUCAUGUAUACUGGCAUACGCGUGUGCACUUAGUGCUGGUAGACCAGCUAAGGAAGUGUGUGAGUUGGAUAACUGACCGACAAUGACCGAAAUGUUAACCAAAGAAGCAAUCGUAAUUGUAAAACGAAUACUUGACCCUGACCAACAUAAUCAUUUGAACAAAUGUAUAACACAUCGAUAGGUAGGGAUGUGUAUUUUGCAUAUGUAAUGUAUAAGACUUGUUCGAAAUGCAUUUAGUACACUAUUUGGAAAAAAUUCUACCGAUAAUUGUGUUUUUAUAAUAUUAUAUGUAAUAAUAUAAGCAUACCCACGUCUAACUGCAGAAUUAAUUGCAUUAAAAUUAUACAAAGCAACUUCAAUAAUAUCGACACGCAGAAGUACAUUAAUAUUAAACAGAUAGCUGUCGAAAAUGAAAACUUAUUUGGAUUCAUAAUAGUAAAAUGUAUAUGUAAAGAGUAAAUUUUUAAGCGUCUAUUCACAAUUUAUCGGUCCUCAAUAUAAAUUGUUCGCCAUAAUAUAAUCUGGUACUACAUAUUGAUUUUUGAAGCAAUCAGAAUUUAUUUAGCGUAGGCCAGUGACAGCGAAAAGGUUUGAAAUAUUUCAUUCUGAGCUCCUUACACAUUUGGUGGGCAAAUAAGUAAAACAUGAUAUACUGUUUCUUGUCGGGUUCGAUCAUUACCGGGCAUGUUCGGAUAUUUACCAUUUGCAAUAGCAAGUUUGUGUGAGGGCGAAGGAUGCUUUUGAUAUUACCAUUUCUGUAUUAAUGUGUAAUAUUUGUUAAAAAUGAAAACAUAAAUAUCUCUUUAUUAUGCACAAUGUGUCCACUUAAGAAUGCAAAUGUUGUUUAUUGUCAUUUUUGUUACAUAUAUAAACGGCGUUCUGGGAAAACUGGGCAUAAUGCAUGUGCGUAAAGUGUCGUCCCACAGGCUAAUCAGGGACGACACUUUCCUCCUAAAUUUGAUUUUUUGCUAAGAAGAAACAUCAUUUUAACGAAAAAUGGUAAUAAAAGCGGAAAGUGUCGUCCCUGAUUAGCCUGUGCGGCUUGCACAAUCUAAUCUGGGACGACACUUUACGCACAUUCAUUUAACCCCCUUUUCACAGAACACGGAACAUAUAUAUGUAUUGUUUGCCUUCUUAAGCUAAAUAGCUUUGUGAAUGUAAAUUGCUGCGACUUUGAGAGAAUUAUGCAUGAUUGCUCUGAUUUCUUUUUAUGAACAAGUCAAGCUGUAUGCCACUCAUUUAUAUUUUCAACAGAAUUUUAACUUGAUAUUAUGAUUUUUGCUUUAUAACAAUGAAACAUAUAUACAUCUUAACUAGUUUUAAUAGCAAACCACGUUCAAAAAGACCAACAAUAAACAUAUUAAAAAUU